AUGGCAAAUUCGAAUCCUCGCGGAAUCCCUGGUGCGCAGUUUUUUGAGUUUACACAGUUGUCUAUGGAAGAUGCACAGAAACAUCUGGAGAAAUUUCAAGAGGCGAUUGCAAAAUACAAAUUUAUGGAAACAAGCAUCGUUCGACGAGUUGCUGGUUUGGAUGAUAAAAUCCCAGACAUCGCCAAAACUUUGCAGACAGUGGAAUUUAUGAAAAAGAAGAAGGGUGAAUCUUUCAAUGUUUUAUAUGAACUUAAUGAUACGUUACAUACCAGAGCAGAAGUGGAAGCUAGUGAGAAGGUAUAUUUAUGGCUAGGAGCUAAUGUCAUGUUGGAAUAUUCGGUGGAAGAAGCUGAAGCUCUACUCACACAAAAGUUGAACGCUGCUCAAGAAACUAUGAAGGUUUGUAAGGAAGACUUGGAGUUUUUGCGGGCUCAAAUUACUACCAUGGAGGUUAAUACAGCUCGUGUGUACAACCAUACCGUAUCUUUAAAAAAGGCAAGCGCUCCCCAAAAAUAA